AUGAACAGCAUGUCACACGACUUCCCGAUCCAUCAGUACAAGGCCGGCGGCGGCCACCCCAGCGGCCAGCGCGAGGGCAUCCGGGAGAAGCUGGACGAGUCGAUCCUGGGCCACCUCGCGCGGCUGUUCAACCGGUACGCCGGCCCGAACAACACGUGGCACCGCGACCAGAUCGGCAUCUUCAUGCAGCACGUGCAGGCCGAGGACCCGAACGGCCUGGCGGGCUACCUUGUCGACAGCGAUGAGCUGUCGCUGCCGGAGCUGGUGCAGUACGUGACCUCGCCGUGCGGCAACGUGCUCGAGGUCGCAGCGCCGCAGGAUCUGAGCUGGCCGCUGAGCAGCUACUUUAUCAGCUCGAGCCACAACACGUACCUCACGGGCAACCAGCUGUCGAGCGACUCGAGCGUCGAGGCGUACCGGGACGUGCUGCUCCGCGGGUGCCGCUGCAUCGAGAUUGACGUCUGGGACGGCGAGGAACGGUACAAGCCAGGAUUCGAGUCGGACACUGCGGCGGCGGUGGAUGGCGGCGGCCGGCCCGAGAAGAUCAGCCGGAGGGACCGCAUGGUGAUGAAGGUCGGCCGGUGGGUCAUGAACAAGUUCGAUCCGGUUGACCCGGAGGGCCGGACCGUCGACGAGAGGCUCUCGGACAUCAUCCAGGCCGAGCCGCGGGUGCUGCACGGCUUCACGCUCACCAAGGAGGUGCUCUUCCGCGACGUGUGCAAGGUCGUGCGGGACUACGCCUUCGUCACGUCGGACCUGCCGCUCAUCGUCAGCCUCGAGGUGCACUGCUCGCCGCUCCAGCAAAGCGCCAUGGUCGACAUCAUGGAGGAGACGUGGGGGGACCACCUCCUUCCGGCGCCCGAGGUCGAGCCCGCGGCGCUGCCGUCGCCGGACCAGCUGCGUAACAAGAUCCUCAUCAAGGUGAAAUACGUCCCCGACGGCGGCGUCGUCGACGACGAGAACAAGAACGGCACGGGAGACGCCACCUCCGGAGGCCCGGGAGACGAUGACGGCGUUGACGAGGACGACAACAGCGGUAUGCUCGAGGUCGUGACGGAGGACGGAGCCGAGAAGAAGACAAAGCGCGUGCCGCCGCCCAAGAUCACGCCGCGGCUGAGCCGACUGGGUGUGCACACGCGCGGCGUGACGUUCCGGUCGCUCGAGGCGCGCGAGGCGUCGAUGCCGAACCACGUCUUCUCGCUGUCGGAGCGGGCGGCGUUCGCGGUGCAGCGCAAGAUGCCGCGGGCGCUGUUCGCGCACAACCGGGACUUUUUGAUGCGGACGUACCUACCCGCACGGCAUGCGGCUGGACUCGUCCAACUUCGACCCGGUGCUGUUCUGGCGGGCGGGCGUGCAGGUGGUCGCGCUGAACUGGCAGUCGUGGGACGUCGGGAUGGUGCUGAACGAGGGCAUGUUUGCGGGCUCGGACGGGUACUUUCUGAAGCCGAGGGGGUAUCGUCGGAGGGCCGGCGGCGGCGAAGACGAUGA